GGGGGUGCGGGGUUGAGGCGGGAGGACGUGUCCUGGGGACAGUCUAUGCAGAGCGCCCCAGGCGGACGGGGUCCAGUGGCCCCAGGCUUCGGGGUCCGACCCAGCUGCCGCGCUCCCGAGCCACCGACCCACGAUCCCAGCCAUUUUCGCCGCGUACGUGCGCAGGCGCACGGCCUAGGGCUCGUGGGGGCGGGGCGGGGCGGGGCGAGUGUCUGGCUUCCGGGUGGGCGUGUCCCUCGCGUGGGCGUUCCCGCUGCCGACCCUUAGAGACACCUUGUGAGGCUUUUCUGUUUUGUUUUGUUUUGUUUUAUUGAAACAGGGCCUUACUACGUAGCCCUGGCUGUCCUGGAAUUCACUCUGUAACCAGGCUGACCUCGAAUUUAUAGAGAUCCACCUGCCUCAGUUUCCAAAGUGCUGGGACUAAAGGCGUGCGUCACCGUCCCAGGACUUUUGAAACUCCUCCUGGAAGUGAGGGUGAGAAAAUUCAUAGAGCAGGACGCCAAAGUUGAGUUCACAGAAGACUGAAUCUACUCGAACCCGUUCCCUCUGGAGUGAAUAGGUGUCAGUAAGCUUGUGACUUUGGAGUGUGACGAACGAUACAGAAAGCCAGUGACUUUCCAUUCUCACCAAGCCUUGUCUCACGAUCUGGAUUUGUGAUUUCACUUCCCUGUGGUAUUUUCCAGUUUACUCCUCCCUGGACCUGGCCUUGUGCUUGAAGCUCUGUGGAGAGGUAGGCCAGCUUUGGAUUACCUCGGGACAAGGCUGUGCUGUGGGAAGCACGGGGUAUUUGCUGUAGCUCCUCAUCAGGAGACGUGCCUGGGGUGUGCGGUUGUCCUCUGGUGGGGAUGCCACUCUGACCCUUGGUCAUGAAGGUGACAGUCAGCUUUUUCCUCAGCAGAGUGCUUUUACACAUUUAAUCCAGAGGCAGUACGUGGGUGACCGACCGCCUGGCAUCGUCCUUGUACCUGAAGGUGUUUGACUGUUGCUUAAAUGUGCCAUUUUCAUUGGUGGCAAAGUGGUGACGAUGACGAUGAUGAUUAUUAUUUUAUUACUAUAUUAUCUCCAUACUUGGAAGAGAGCUUUUCCUCAUCAACAUGGACAGGCACGGUUUUUCCUAAAAAGACAAUAAAUGCUCCGCUCUUUCAGUUUCCUUACCAAUCUACCAGUUUUCAGUGGAGCUGGGGUGUGACAGUGACACACAGUGGCGAUUAGCAGCCUAAUAGAUGUUCGCACUUUCGGUGUGUUGAAGGGAAUUACAGCCAUUUUCCUUAAUGUUGAAAUUAUAUAACUGGCUAGAGGGAGCUCCUUCAUGCUGCCAAACUGUAAAUGAAAUGUCACCACCAAACGAAAUGAUAAUGUGUUCAGGGAAAUCUGUCAGGACCCGACUAUGAUCAUUAAAAAGACCCAAGAGCGUCAUGGCAGUGUUUGCUGAUGGCCCACUGGCCACUACUUGUAGCAGAUCCUCACCGGUUGUGGGUGGAGGGUGAAACCGGAGGGUAAAACCGGUUUCAGCAGGUGCUGUUCCUUUACAUUGUUUCUACACACACAUUUCCCAAGAUUGUUGCUCCUGUAUUUCGGUGCUGAGGAUUAAACCUAGGCCUUGCACAUUUUAGGCAAAUGCUCUACCACUGAGCCAGAUUCCCAAGCACCUAAUAGAGAUUCUGAAUAAUAAUAAUUAUGAAUUUGUGAUUUUUUUUUCCUGAGACAGGGUCCUACUGUGUAGACCAGGCUGGCCUGGAACUCAGAGAUCUACUUGCCUCUGCCUCCCGAGUGCUGGGAUUAAAGGCGUGUACAAGAAGCACCAUGAGAAGUGAGAGCAGCACUUUUUAUUGUUUGAUUGUGGUAAAGAAGAAUUUUUUUAAAAACCGAAGUGCCAUUACUUUUUUUUUUUUGGAUUUCUUCCAUUUUACAAGUGCUUGCCUGCAUGUACAGCUGUGCACUACAUGUGUGCAGUCCCCUCAGAGGCCAGGAGAGGGUGUCAGAUCCCCGGAACUAGAGUUACAGUUGAACAUAUGGACGCCAUGUGGGUGCUGGGAAUCUAACCCAGGUCCUCUGGGAGAGCAGAGGACUGUUACCAUCAGAGCCAACUCUGCAGCCCCUGAAAUGGCAUUUCUACCUUGUCCUCAUAAACAAGCCCUUAGAUAACGUCACUUUUGAGCUGGCACUAUAGGAUCUAGGAAAAAGAGUUAUGAAUCUGGGAGAAGAGUAGAGAUCAAAGGAUCACGGUGUGCUGCUCAGUCUGUCACCGGCUGCACCAGGGACAGUGCCAGCCAACAGUCCAUGUGUUGGUGUUGCCUUCCUACACAUGGAUCUGGUGGUCUAUGUGCCAUAAGGCUGCACAGCCUCACCUGCGCCACAUUGUGCCAUACUAGCAGACCAUGGCAUCCGUGAUUGAGUCGUGAUACACUUUCCCUGUUACUUUGUCAGGAUGGCUGUUCUUCUGAACAGGUUGAUGCUACAAACCUCAAUUGGAAGAUGUUUCAGAAAACACAUUGCGCAGCCAGCCCCGGCACAGCUGCCCCUGACUGCCUCCACCCCGAAGCUCUCGUACCUGAUUUUUACAAAAGGCUUUAGUACUGCCGAAGACAGCCAAGGGGAGAAGAAACAGAAACGGAAAGAUGCUUUCACUAACACUGGAAGGAAAAUUAGUGAGCGGAUUAUCCGCGUCCUGGAUGAGAAAGGCAGUGACCUGGGGAUGAUGCACCGAGCGGAUGUAAUCAGACUCAUGGACCAGCAGGACUUGAGGCUGGUGAAGAAGAACACGGGCUCAGAGCCACCGGAGUACCAGCUCAUGACCGGAGCACAGAUCCACCAGGAGCGGCUAAGGCUGCGGGAAGACGGAAAGGCCAACCCCAAAACUGGACCAGCUGUGAUAAAGGAACUCGUUUUUUCUUCAAAUAUUGGACAGCAUGAUCUGGACACAAAGAGUAAACAGAUUCAGCAGUGGAUUGAGAAAAGAUACCACGUUCAAGUCACAAUAAAGAAGAAGAAAAGUGCUGACCAGCCGGAGAAUGAGAUGGAUGAGAUAUUGAACCAGAUUCUCCAGACUAUGCCUGGACUAGCAACCUUCUCAAGCAGACCGAAAGCUGUCAGGGGAGGAACCGCCUCCACAUGUGUCUUCCGCCCCUUGAGCAAGAAAGAAGAGAAAGCAUACAGAGACUCUCAAGAGGCCGAGAGAAGGGACGCUUCGAACAAAGACCACAGGACCAAGGAGUCAGACGUUCUGUGUCAGUGAUUUUAAUAAACAAAAUCCAGGCUCUACAGAG